UGGCACCCAAAUGGAAAUUAUCAAAGCGUUGAAAGAGCACCCUUAUGCCACAAAGAAGCUCCAAGUGUGCGUUCUUGAGUACUGAAACUUAGUAAUAAGAGGAGAGAGCAGACUGGACUCUAAGCAGAUGAGCGUGUUUAUCAACAACACAAUACAUUUGUUCACACAUAGAGCUGCCUCCAAGCGGACAUCUGAGUCUAGUAAGCAAAUUAGGGAGAAGAACCAGGCAAAAGAUGGAAACCAGAGUCAUGGGGAUCUAAACCUUCUUGAAAGAUCAGAUACAGGAAAACCUUCAGAGUGAUGGCUUAAUUCUGAGUCAGAGAACAAGCCUCUCUACCAAGUGUGUUGAGAUGGGAUGCUUUUUAUAUACAUUUCAUUUUUGGAAUCGAACCCUAAAAUAAUAGCUCCUCAUUUGUACAAUCUGAUCAUGAAGCAAAUAAUGAAAUCGAAAAAUACAGAAAUUGGUCUUGUAAUUCUCAUAUCGAAACUUCUAGUUAGCUCUAACUUUAUGGUUCAGACAUUCAAGCAGAGAAAUGCUUCUAGAAUCCUGAUCAGCAUUUUAAAGAAGUACUGCUUCCAGAAAGUAGCCUCGAAUGAAAAACCAUCUGUGCCAGACCUUCAUUACAGAAGAGCUGAGAGCUUAAAGGUAGAUUAUGAUCAAAUUUCGGACUGGAGUUGCUCCUAUAGACAAGGCAACUCACAUCAACUUUCUGAAAUUGCUGAAGCCCAUAGUGAUGAUCCUCUCAAAUCAAGUAACUUUGUUGAUGCUGUGAACAAACUGACUCCAUUAGAGAUGAAUAAUUAUUUCUCUAGCAAUAGAUCAAGAAUCGCUGGGAGGACUAAAAGCAAGGAUCUUACUGAGUCUCAGAUAAACGCUGAAGCCGCAUUUAGUAAAUUUGUUGACCAAUAUCCUAUCCAAGAGGAAGGGAGGCCUGAAGGAGCAUCUACCAUGAUGAAAGCUCAUUCUUUUGCCAAACCAGUUCUCCCGCUUUUAAAUAUAGCUAAAGUUAAAGAUGGUAGUCAGAAUAUCCUGGCUAUCAAGGGGUUCAAUGACAUCACUCGGAAUCAGAGUUCAAGGUCUCCUCACCUUUCAGUCGGCCUUUCCAGAGUCGGAGCAGCAGGAGAAUUCAACGUCAGUAAUUAUGAAGCAGAAGGAAGCAUUGCCAAAGGCGAAUCAUCGAGAAGAGAUGAACCAUCUACUCUCAAUAAAAUUGGUAAAAUUGCAAAUAAGUUAGGUGAAAAUGGGUUCAUUGAAAGCCUCCCAGCUAUGGUUAACUCUCUCAGUGGGGAGAAAUAUUACGAAACUUUUGCGAGCAAUAAAGGAUUCUUGAACACUCAAGAUGUAUUUAAGCUAAGAGAUUCUUAUCCCACAAAAACUUGCUCAUGCAAACUAGAAGGGAAAUAUCUCUUGCUUAAAGGUAUAAACAACACCAGAGAAGAGAAGAAACUCAAAGAGGAUGGAGGAGAGUACCGCCAUAACUCCGUCGUCCAUGACUUUGAGAAUGAUAAGAUGCGGCUCUGCUUGCUGAACUUGUUUAAAAUAUUUAUAGAACGUUUCGAAGUUUCUGAAUUCCAAGGAUUUUUCAAUUCUCAUAAUCCUUCAAACCAUACUGUGAAUCUCCUGUACUGACAUCUGGCAUCAGAUGAGAUUAAUUAUAGGAUCAAGGAGACUUAUGAUAAAUUACUCUCCCAAGAGCAUGGAAAAUUAGACGAUGAGAUUUUUGAGGGAAAUCACAAAUUCACAAUAGAUUUCGACGGAAAAAUCCAUGACACUGAGGAAGUUAUUAAUCUUGAUAAGAACGACCUCUCUAAUGCAUCAUAUAUUGACCAUCUCUUGAGAGGAGAUGCAUGGAAGAUCCAAGAAAAUAGUUUUAACAAAUCUGUCACAGAUUUGGGUGAUUCCGAUAUUAUCAAUACUAUCCAGAAAUUUUCGAUUUUCAAGUGUUCUCUUUCCUCAGAGAAGGUCACAAUCUUCAAAAUCUUGCAAAAGGUUUCGUUAUGAAGUGAAUAUAUCAUGAAAAUGCAAGUAGAAAGUUCUCUGAAGCAUCUCUCAUCAUCACAAGAGCACUUUGAACAUUACGGAGACACUUAUGGACUAGGUUUAUCAAGAACCCAGCUUCCUUUGGCCAGUGGAGUUGGGUUUGCAAGCCCAUCUAAAAGCUUAAGGAAUCCAAACAACAUUGGCUCUUUUGAUGCGACAGGGAUGACCAUUCCUUCCCUGAACAAAGAAUCUCAAAACAUUUAUUGGUCGAAUGGAAUCGCUUACCAAGGAGAAUCUGUUGAUAAGGAAAAGCUGAGGAAGAAGUCUGAUACUUUCUUACUAAGAAUUACUAAUAGCCUAGUCCAUAAGUUAAGCAAUCUGAUACCUCAUGAAAUCUCAUGGUGAGAAGAGAUCAAUAAAGACUUGCUCCUUCUAUCCCAGUAUAUUAACAAAGUUCAUUCCAGGAUCAGUAUUUUCCAGAUAAUUGACACCGUGCUGAACCCGCUAAUCGCAAUCAAGAAAAUUUUGUCUGAAAUUAUCAUGAGAGACAGGAAAGGGUUCCACACCGCAACUGGGAUGGUUCAGUCUCCCUUCUUAAACAUUGAAUCUCGGAGAAGUGGGAGCAACACUGGCAACUCUCCUGGUCUCUACAAAUUCCGAGAGACUUCUAAUAAUAAAAGAAUUGAGCAGCAAUAUGAGAGAUCUAUUAGAGAAGUAAUUUCUCUCUAUCUGGACACUCUCUCUGCAAUCUUUAACAAAUGCAAGACUCAAGAGACUUACAGGAUGAUAUGAGAGAUCUUUAUCAAAGACAGUGAGUGGCGGGACUCAGUCCAGUCCUAUACAAUGUUCCUCUUUAAAGUGGAGCUUAUGUCUGAGCAAUGCAAGAAGAUUUUGAAUCUAGACCAUAAAAUUACACUCACAAAUAUCGAAGAGUCUUUGCUGAACAAAGAACUAAUAUUUAAAGAAAGAAAAUCUGGCCUUUCCGCGGAGGAAAUUCGCAAAGCUGAUAUUGACAAAAAUAUUGAUAGUUUUAAUGUGAUACUCAAAGAGAUUUGUGGGCAAGCCAGAAGUGGGAUCCACUACUAUGAAUCUAUUAAUACUCUGAUCAGGAAAGCCCUCCAGGAUGCUAAAGAGAGAACAGAGAUCUCUGAACAGAAAAAGAGCCGUUCCCAAUUCUCAGAAAUCGUUGCUGAAGUAGGCCAAGAAUAUGAAGAUGACGGUGACGAAGAAUUCCGGAAUAUCCCUUCACUUGAACCCGAAGUUGAUGCUGAAAACUCAGACAAGAAUAAGCUCGUUAAUUACUGGAACCAAGCUCAGAAAACAGUUUUAUUCACCUAUGCUUUCCUGAUUUCUCCCACAAAUGGAAUUAUUCUAGAAUAUCUAGACAAUCAAGGCAUAAACUACACUGUGAACAAAGAGGCUAGCUCAGGAACUGGAUCAGAAGAAAUGGUUCCAACUUCAUUUCUGCUUACAACAUCAAUUCUAAAAUUCUGUGAGACACUAUUCAAAUGUGCUGAAAAGUCGCUCUACAGCAAAGUAUUCACUGAUGAACUUGUGCUGUCAUUUAUAAAGAUCCACUGGGUGUCAUUCCUGAUCCUCUACAGACAUAGCUCCAGUCCUGAAACUUCAAUGACUCACUUGGAGAACUUCAGAGAGGAGUUUCUAAAUGGCAAUACCCAAGAUUUUAAUAGUCAAAGGUAUAAGAAGGUUGAAGCUAAUAUUUUCUCAACAAAAGACUCCUUAAUGACGCUUUGAAAGUCUCAUUUAAGAGUUGUGUGCAUUCUUGCUAAUAAUCGUAGUGAAUCCAUUAGGAAAAGCAUCUUCAAGUUCAAAAUCCUCGAGUUCUGAGCUCGGGAAAUCAACUAUGAAUGCGAUGAGCGUAUUGAAGAAGAGAAAGACCCAAAAGAAUAUUGUAACACUCCUCAAGUGUUCAAACCUUCCUAUGAACUUCGCGAAGAAGUGAUCAAGCCUGAGAAGGAACAAUCCUACAACCAUUCUAGCUCAAGUCCUGUCGAAUCUCAAGAAUCGUUCGAGAGAGAGCAUCGUAUUGAGGAAUCUUAUGGGAAUAUAACCCACUCACAAGAGGAAGAAAAAGGCACCCCAACCUUGGCCAACCAGAAGAGUGACAAUAGCCAAGGAUUUGAUUUGAAUCCGAAAGGAAUCAAGAGCAACAAGUUCGCCCUUGAUCUUUCAAAGGUUCAGAAGAAAGGAGAGCCUGUUCCUCAGAACAAUGAAGAACAAAAAGAAGAUAAGCUCAAUAUUUAUACCCAAGAGAAGCACGAAUUUAAUGAAAGGAGCAGUAUUGGAAGAAACUCUGAAGUAGCUACUAUUAUUAAUCAGAGGAACAACGCUGGGAGUAGCAGGUCUUCUAGUCUUGACUCUAGUAGUAGUGGGCUUGGAUUUGUGCCCCCUCCAGAGAUGAAUCCUAAUAGAAUUAUUCAGAGCCAAGCUAAGAGCACAACACCUGUCCCUGCUAUUGGAGGGUUAGGUCUAAAGCUUGAUCUUGCCAAUGUUCCCACAGCUCAUGUUAUUACUCAAGAGGAUAAAUCAAGACAGCAAGAGUUAAAAGAUCGUGAACUUUACGCUCAUUCAAACACAAUGAAAAUAAAAAUAAGUGCUGGUGUUUCUCAUGAAGACAACAAGUUACUUCAAAACACUGUAAAAACUCCAAUAGUCCCUCCUAAGAUUCCAGGUAUCGGUGGAUUUGGAGGUGGAUUCAAGCUGAAUUUAGCUAAAGUAGAUACCGCUAACUUGAUCACUGAAGAAGAUAUGAAAAGACAAGCUGAGCUCAGCAUCCCCAAGAUCAGUAAGAACAACUUCACUGAUAACCCAGAAACCAAAGGAAAGAAGCCUAAAAAGUUGAAUUUAAAGCAUAAGGACAGUACUACAAAAAUUUCGAUGAACGAAUCUUCAGUACCAAACUUAAAAAUCAAAAAGCCUAAGAGGAAGUUUAAGAAGAACCAAAAUGCCCAGAAGAAGACCAGGAACGUGAACCCAUCCAAAGUGAGCAGCCUAGUGAUCGAUAACAGUGAGGCUUCUAGCAUAUUUGAGUCACUUGAAAAUAACCCUAAUUAUCAAAUGCCAGGAAUUGAUGAGACCUUGAACCAGACUCGGGAUGGAUUACCUGACAAUGUAAUAGACUUAACACCAAGCAGGCUUGCUAAGAAUGUUAGUAACUCGAAUAUCAGUAAGCAUUCUGAUAUUUCGAAGUCGGAUAUUAGCAAUGGAAGCUAUGUAGGCUCCAACAAAGUCUUCGUCCCAUCCCUCAACAUUCAGGAAGAUGUAAUUGAGAAGGAGGAGAAGAGGAAAAAGAAAAUGGAAGAUGAGGUCAGACUUAGAAGAAUGAGCGACAAAAGCAACCCAAGAUUCCAGAUUAAGAAAGAAAAAGGAGGCAAGAAUAUUAAAGCUUUAACAAAAUCUAAGAAUAGAAACAUUUUCGCGGAAUUGAAUAAAAGUAAUUCAAAAUAAUUCACAGCCUGCAGUUGCUAGUUCUAACAGCAACUCUGAAUCAAUGUAUGAAGAGAGAUCCUCUCAAGGAAAUGCUUUUCCAGCACCAAUGGCACUCAAUUUAUCCAAAGUUCAAAAGAAAGGAGAUCCUCCUAAGGUUAAAGAUAACUCAUUCUUUGAAAAAGAGGAUGCUUCUCAGCAUUGGGAUGUAAAGCCAAUUGACAAAAAUUCUGAAGCUCGUAAAGAGCUCACUGUGACUUUGGGACAAGAUUCCAAAGUAAACAUGAAUAUCCCAAUUGGAAAAAUAAACAAAGAUCAAAACUUAGGUUUAUUAAAUGUGGCUAAUAUUGGUCACAACGCCCAGAACUUACUUUGUGAUGAGAAAGAGUUUAAAGGAAUCUAUUAUGACGAUGAGUUGCAUAUAAUGCUUAUUUAUUUAAUCUUUUCAUUGAUUAUAACACCUCAGAAAGGUUCAUUAGACCCUCUAUACUGUUCAAGACAUCCGAUAGAGGAUGGAAAGCCUCCAGUGCUCUACUAUUUGCACUUCCAUCUGAAUCAUCACUCGAAUCAAGCAUUAAUUCCCAUGUUGUACAAGAAGGUUGACGGUCAAUUUUGUCAGAAUUCAGGGGUCAGGCUUCUCAAACUUCUAUGUAAGACCCUCUUUGACAGGGAACUUUACCAAGAAAAUGAACUCAUCGCUAAAGGAGCAUAUGGAGUAGUUUAUCAGUGCAAGACUCAGUGUGAUGAACCCGAUGAAGUAGCAAUCAAGCAGAUGAAAUUCCCUAAAAGUAUCGAAAAUAGAAGUGUUGUCUAUGACGUUUUCUCAGAAGUCCAUGCUGCCACUAUAGAGCCUCUUAAGACCAAUCCAGCAGUAGUGGAUGUCUAUGACUACGGAGUUGACAAUAGUGGGUACCAUAUAGUCAUGAAAAGGUAUAAGUACUCUCUCAGGAACUGGAGAUUGGCUCAGGAGAAGUCUCUGAAUGAUAACUUGUCACUCUACCUUUCUCUUUACAAGGAGGUACUGAAAGCAAUAGAGCUGCUGCAUAGCAAUAACAUUACUCAUUAUGAUAUAAAAGCUGAUAAUGUCUUUUUGGAAGUCAUUGACCCAGAGAAGAAUCCUCUUGAUUUGUCAGAAUCAUGAUUCAAUGUGGCAAUUGGAGAUCUGGGAGAAUGUAAGAUGUUUGUCUCGAAUGAAGACGAAUUCUGUGAAAAGAACCGUGGAACUGAAGUCAUUAUGUCCCCAGAAAUGCUCAUGCUGGCUAUUAAUAUUAGAAAGGACACUGAGAAGUAUGAUAGAAGAAAGAGAAUGGGAACUAACAGGCUUAGUGAUAUCUGGAGUCUGGGAUGAUUGUUCUAUGAACUCCUUACAGGCAAAAUUUUGUUUGAACCACAUGAGCUAUUUAAAUUAUACUCUGAUACUGAUGAGCUAAUUGAGCCAGAGAAAUUCGAGCUUCUGGGAAACAAUGUGUAUCUCAUAGAUUUCCUAAAAUUCAUGCUAAUAAAAGAUCCUCAUUUUAGGCCAGAAAUAUCUGCAGUUAUAAAGAGAUUUGAGCAUGUUCAUGCAUUAUUAGUAGUAACUGGUCCAUCUCAGCUAAGAGUCACUAGCAAUAAGGCAUAUAUGACCGAAGGUGUGAUGAUGAAAUCACUAGUUGAGAGCACACAUAUCCUCCAGCUAGACCAUGAAAAUAGGCUCCAUAACAACUCAUUCAAAAAGCUUCAAAAUGAGCAACAGAUAGCAGUCAGGUCAAUUAUGCCAAUCAAUGAAGAUAUUUGCUAUAAACCCUCAAAAAUAUCUAUUCAUAAUAAAUCAGAUAAAGAAAAUUGCUUUGCUGAUCAAAGACUUGUUAAUUCAUUGCUAUACUGCAGCAAAGAUUACUUGCAAACAGCUAGAAAUUUGAUUGACAUGAAGAUCACGCACAUCAUCUCCAUUGCACCUAAAAGAGAACUUAGCCAUCUAAAUCAAUCUUUUGAUAUCCUCUUCAUUAACGAAUAUUAUUCCAAAGAAGCACAGAAGGAAGGAAUCUGAUAUCCUAGAAUUUUAGCAGCAAUCCUCGACUUCAUGAGAAAGGCAAAGAUUAGGAAAGGAAAAGUAUUGUUUGUUGAGGAAGAUGAACUUCUUGAUUCAACAUCCCCAAAGUCCAUUGUAGGGGAGUAUGUUCUCCUCGCUCUUAGUAGGAUCUUGUCAGUCCCUGCUUAUGAAAUCUACACUAUGAUCCGUACAAGGAACCCUAUAUUUGAUAUUUCACAUUCAAAUUUAUGCAACAUCUCAACUUGGUGUUCGAAGCAGCUUAAGAUCCAGUAUUACCUUAGGACAUUGCCCACUUUAGAGUGUAUGUGAGGGGCUUGUUGUAUCAUUCUCAAGAGGAAAUUCGGAAAUAUGUCCAAUAUGCACUCCACCAGUUGCUCAUGCCUAGGAAACAGGAGCUUUGAGAAUAGUCAUUGUCCAUCUCCAGGCUGCUACAAUUUUAUCAUGUACAUGAGGAAAGUCAGCCAUAAGGUCAAAUAUGAUAAACUCAAAUGGGGAUAUCUUGGUAAGGAAGAUUUCAUUCUUGGCCCAAAAAUUGGGGCUGAUACUUCAGAGAACCAUCCUGAAACCAUCCAGAGACAGAUCCUUGCUGGAAGUCUUACAAUUGAUCAGAACUGCGAACCUCUCCAGGCUUCUACAGAGGAUUCUGAAAGCGCUCUUACAGAUUGGGUAAUUUAUAGAUGUAAAUACUGAUAUGUCUGGAUGUACUCUUACUGAAAUGCUGAUGAUAGCUAUGCAAUACUGCUAAAUAACCAAAUAAAGCCAAAUCAUUCUGGAUUAUCCAGGAGUUAG